UUCAGAAAAAUAAAAUUUAGAGAAAAGCCUUCGAAAUUUUCCACCAAAAUUCGGAGAAAAAUCGGCGGACUGAGUACGGAAUUGAUGGGCGACGAAGAAAGUCACGCACUAACACAACAAGUGCAUCUACAAAUUUUAUUCCCGCAUCAACAUCGAAUGUGUCUGUUCAAAUAUCCCGGUAAUACAAUGCCAUACUCCUAUCCCGAUUUGUUGUACAAUGUUGGAACACAAUUGGGAAUGACACUGUCCGCAAUGGGUGUUUUUCCUCUUGGAAUUCACGGUACAUUGUCUUCACCAACCAACAUAGCAGAUUGGAUGUCCAGUCUCCCCAUACCAUUCCACAUGGUGCUAUUGCUGGAGGUCGUUCUACUCUUGUUUAGAAUCCGAGUUCAGGGAUGGCUCAUCAAGAUCCUGCAAAGUGAUAUUGCAAUGAAAUCUUGAUAUGCUGGUUCAUCAAGGGGACUACUAUUUAAUUCCUACAAUGUAACUCAAUAGGCCGGCAAAUGAUUUUUUUUUCAAAAUUUGUUGUCAACGAAUGAUAUUUUCUUGUAGAUGUUUUUUCUUUUGGUUUUUGAAAAAAGUGUACUUGUGUAGUUAUUGAUUUAUAGAAUUAGAUGCUGUUGGUGCUAUCUUGCUGUUGUCGUUUAAACAACAUUGAUAAAUGUUGAAGGAUUUAUUUGUAAAAUUUCCUUUAGUGCAGAUGUAACCGUCAAUUUCUUAGUA